UGUUUUUUAUUUAUUUUUUGGGGAUUUCAAGGAAAUCUUCGGCCUGCCCUUAGCUGCCCUCAUCGGCGCUGCGCUGUGCGUUUGCUUUUUCUUUGUCAAAAUGGUUUAUUUAAAUCUUAUAAUUGGAAUCGUUACGGUUCUGGUUACCGCUGGUUUCGCUGUAUACAUGAGCCAACCAACUUAUCAGACUGAACCGCCGCACCAGAGGCGUCGUAAUGAGGAGAAAGGCGCAAAAAAUGGCAGCAGACCAAAAAACAACUUUGAAAACCAGCGUGUCCGCGAGAGCCAGCCUGGCGACUUGUGCCCCCUUUGCCAGAUUGAAAUGUCAAGCAGUAAUAUGCAUCGAAUGCAAUGCGGCCACGCCUUGCAUAACGACUGCUUCCAGGAAUUUCGUUUCCUUCGCCGCAGUUGCCUGCUGUGCAACCAUAUCGUAAAUCCAAGUUUGCCCGAAGAUAAGUGCACUAUCUGCUUGGAUCCGCUGACCAAAAAAAAUAUGAAACAUUUCCCGUGUCAGCAUGCCAUGCAUAAUGAUUGCUUUUCCCAAUACCUAGCGAGUGGAGCCACCAACUGCCCUCUAUGUCGAUCACGUUUCUAGAAAUUCUUUAUAAUCUUCAACCAA